GGGAGUGGAGGGGGCGGGAGAGAGAGGCGGGGAAGGUCCCUCCCAGGAAGGCCUUCCAGCCUCCGAAGGGAGGACUUUGCACCCCGCCCCGUGUUUGCAGGAGGGGGGAGGCGCCUUGAGAUCUUUCCCAGACGGGAUGUUCUUCUAUGCAGAUGUGGGGAGGAUCCGUGAAGGUGGAAGCAAAGUUCUCUGAGGCAGAAGGAGCUCCAUCAGAGGGAGGUCAGAGGGCGCAGACCCAGGAGCAUGCUCAAGAUGCCCCGUCAAGUGGCAGUGAAGAGACAUUAUCGAGCCGUUUUCUUUGCAGAGAAAUGGAAACACCUCAACCUCGACCUCCGAUCCAGUCUCUGUUUUCCUUUGAGGAGGUGGCCGUGUAUUUCACCGUGGCAGAGUGGGGCCUGCUGGAUCCGAGCCAAAAAGCCCUCUACAGGGAAGUCAUGCGGGAGAACUAUGGGAGCGUGGCUUUUCUGGAUGCCAAGAAUGUAAGAGAUCCUAUGCCGGAGACUGACCAAAGCCUUGCAUCUGAAGAAUGCCAGCACAGUUUCUCCAGAACAUCUGAAAAGACUGUUUCAUUCCCAAACGAAUUGGCAGCGACAGAUGUAGAGGAGACAGCUGGGGAAUUCCAGUUCUCUUUGGAAAUAGUCAAGAAUGGAGAUGCCAAAGAAAACUUUGGAGAUGGACCACAGAGGCAGGAGGAAAGCCAUGCAGUAGGAACUGAGCAGAGGAAAGAGGAGGAUGAAGAACUGCAUCUUGUAUCACCAGAUUUCCAAAAUGAAGAUGUGAGAAGAAACAUCAGGAUACAAAGCAGGUCUCAGAGGCAGAAAGUCAGAAACUGGGUGAAAAAGACAGAUAAAUCUGUUCCUUGCCAAGGGGGGGAUUUCCAAGAAGUAAUUCACAGCUUGGAGGAAACUUACAAGUGCAUGGAGUGUGGAAUGAACUUCUCAGAUCAAAUGCAAUAUAAUAUACAUUCUUCAAAGCACAGUAUAAUGAAGGCAUGUAAAUGCUUUCAGUGUGGAAAGUACUUCAGAUACAAGUCACAACUCCUUGUACACCAAAUGAUCCACAGAGCGGAGAAACAUUUUGAACACUCAGUGUGUGGGAAGAAAUUCAGUCAAAGCUGCAUUCUUCAACAGCAUCAGAGAACACACACAGGGGAGAAGCCUUUUGAAUGCUCAGAGUGUGAGAAGAGAUUCAGUCAAAAUGGUGCUCUUCAAUGGCAUCGAAGAAGCCACACAGGGAAGAAGCCUUUUGAAUGCUCAGACUGUAGGAAGAGAUUCAGUUAUAGUAGCCAUCUUCAAAGUCAUCUAAGAACCCACACAGGGGAGAAGCCUUUUGAAUGCUCAGAGUGUGGGAAGAGAUUCAGUGACAGUGGCAAUCUUCAAAGUCAUCUAAGAACCCACACAGGGGAGAAGCCUUUUGAAUGCUCAGAGUGUGGGAAGAGAUUCAGUCAAAAUGGUGCUCUUCAACGGCAUCGAAGAACCCACACAGGGGAGAAGCCUUUUGAAUGCACAGAGUGUGGGAAGAGAUUCAGUCAAAAUGGUGCUCUUCAAAGUCAUCUAAGAACCCACACAGGGGAGAAGCCUUUUGAAUGCUCAGACUGUGGGAAGAAGUUCAGUCACAGUGGCCCUCUUCAAAGUCAUCUAAGAACCCACACAGGGGAAAAGCCUUUUGAAUGCUCAGAGUGCAGGAAGAGAUUCAGUCAAAAUCGUGCUCUUCAAAAUCAUCUAAGAACCCACACAGGGGAGAAGCCUUUUGAAUGCUCAGAGUGCAGGAAGAGAUUCAUUAAGAGUGACAGUCUUCAGAGUCAUCUACGAACCCACACAGGGGAGAAGCCUUUUGAAUGCUCCAAAUGUGGGAAGAGAUUCAGUCAUAACACCAAUCUUCAAAGACAUCUAAGAACCCACACAGGGGAGAAGCCUUUUGAAUGCUCAGACUGUGGGAAGAGGUUUAGUCACAGUGGCCAUCUUCAAAGUCAUCUAAGAACUCACACAGGGGAGAAACCUUUUGAAUGCUCAGAGUGUGGGAAGAGAUUCAGCUGGAGUGGUGCUCUUCAAAGUCAUUUAAGAACCCACACAGGGGAGAAGCCUUUUGAAUGCUCAGAGUGUGGGAAGACAUUCAGUCAAAAUGGUGCUCUUCAAAGUCAUUUAAGAACCCACACAGGGGAGAAGCCUUUUGAAUGCUCAGAGUGCAGGAAGAGAUUCAGUAGGAGUGGCAGUCUUCAGAGUCAUCUACGAACCCACACUGGAGAGAAGCCUUUUGAAUGCUUAGAGUGUGGGAAGAGAUUCGGUGAAAGAAGCACUCUUCGAAAGCAUCAAAGAAUCCACACAGGGGAGAAGCCUUUUGAAUGCUCAGAUUGUGGGAAGAGAUUCAAUCAGAGUAGCCAUCUUCAGCUUCAUCAAAGAACUCACACAGGGGAGAAGCCUUUUUAAUUCUCAGAGUGUGGGAAGGGAUUCAGGCACAGUCUUCAACAGCAUGAAGGAAUCCACAGAGGGCAGAAAGUUUUGGAAUUUAAAGAGAUUCAGCCAGUGUGAUUGUCUUCAACAACAUCUAAGAACCCACACAAGGGGGGAAAAAACCAGAUUGCUUAUCUGUAACUGAUUAUCUUUGAGUAGUCACGUGCAGUCACUCACUUGGGUUCUGACUGAGCCCUGGGUUGAAUCUGACCUCAGAGAACUCCAAUAGCUAGCACCAGUGGGUUUUGGGUUUGUUUUUUGGUGGGCCUUUUCCUCUGCUCUGAGGAGCAGGCAGCUUCUGAGCAUGGCUGGAGCUGAGGAGAAAGCCCCACCCCCUCUCAGUUUCUUCCAGCUGCAAUUAGGAAGGCCAUUAGCAGGCAUGUGGAUGGAGAUGCCAGCAGUAAGUAAGGCUGUGUAGGUCGUUUGUGACUGCACAGGUGACCAUUCGAAGAUUGUCAGUUACAUGUAAGCGACCUUUUUAUCUUCUUCAAGGUCCCUGCGCAAUCCUACACUCGGGUGAUUAGCGAGCUGAAAUACUUGGAUGGAGAGUACUGGCGUAUUACGAAAAACUCAGAAGCACAAACCUCUCGGCCAGUUACUGCAAAAAUAUAUGUAUUUAAAAAAUGAAUAUUAAAGGGCUGUAUAUCUUAA